AUGUCGACAUUCAGCAGCAGUUAUUACGAUUAUUGUUAUUGCUCUUCUUCCUCCAGCUCUUCCGAUGAGUAUUCCAAAGCUUCCGUAGCCAAAUCGAAAGCUAAGACAACUCAUGAUGAGGGGGCGAAGCCUAGCAUACCUUUGAAUGAUCAAACGGUCACUUAUGCUAAACUUAUGAAGAGAAAGGCUGAAAAUGACGAAGCGGAGAAUCGUCACCGCAGAAAGGAUCGAAUUCGGCGCAGGAUACAAGCGGCUGAGGAGAGACGUCGAUUCCUUGAUGGGGUACCCUCUGACUCUAAUGCUGACACUUCUGAAGAGAAAACUGCGUGGGUGCUUACAAAGCGCAAGAUCAAGCCUGACCGAUAUGAAAGAGAGUUCCGGAAGACUAUGAAGCAAAUUGAAGCUGAAGCCGAAGAAGAAGAAGACUCGGACUCAGAUGAUCUUGAUACCCAUCCAGACUUCAUCGAUGGUUCUGACACUGAUUCCGACGAAGAGGAAGGCAGUGAUGACAAAUCUGAUAACUUGGAUGGCGAGAAGGACAGUGAUGACGAAUCUGAUAAUUCGGAUGAGUCUGACGAGUAG